CUGGCUCCGACCUCACGUAGACGAUCGAGGACACACCAUGUCCUCAAGUGCGUCAUCGGGUGUGCCAAGCUACGGGGAGCUGCCAAGCAGUGGGACCAAGUCGUCGGGGUCACGACAAGCGAGACCAGGGCAGCAGGACGAACAGGGAGCGCAUCAGCCGCUGACCACGGAAACGACUUCAUCCCAGGAAGAUGGGCACGAGUCACCUACUGUUGGAUCCCCCCGUGAAAGUGUUCACGCGUAGCAAACUCUUCUACCACUCGGCGCACGUGGACGACAGCCGCGGACACCUCUUCGUCGGAGCCAUGGAGAAGCUGUUCCAGCUACCGCUUGACGACAUAAGCAGCCCAAAUUCGAAGGAGCUUGAUUUGAUGGCUCCAAGCGACAACGUCAACAAGUGUGGCGUCUACAGGGGACAACAUCGGGCUGCAGACCUCACCCUGGUGCCGGCGGCCAGCCAGGUGCCCGUACUGGGAAUCAACACAUCGAAUGAGGCGCAGGGUCGCUGCCCCAACUACCUCCACCAGAGCUCUCGGACGUUGUGGCUGGACGACGCGCCCACGAGUGGCAGCUCGUGCGUGGUGGCCCUGACCGUGCUGCCGACAGACCAGUACGGCUUCUUCCGGCUAACCCCGAGCGGAUUUCUGCUGCGCUCCACGGACACGCGCGGCGUUCAAAAGCCCCACGUGGUAGACGCCUUCUCGACGGCCGAGCACGCCUACUUCGUGUUCCGCGAGGAAGGAAUCGAGCGCAAGGCGUGCGGAGCCAGAAACGUUUCGACGCUGGCACGCCUCUGCAAGAACGAGGUUGGCGUCAGCACACGGUCUGCUGACCCGUGGUCCACAUUGAUGAAGACCCGCCUUCAAUGCGACGACAUUACUGCAGCCAAUUUCAUCUUCAACGAAAUAUACGCUUCUCACUGGGUUCCCGAUUUGGAGAACGGCGUGCUCUUUGGAGCCUUCGUCACCGUCACAGAAGGGCGCCGUACUGAAGCUGGCGGAAGAAAGCACCUCCGCGGGCGCAGUCCCUCCUCCUGCGCGUUUGGUGGACACGUUCAAGGUCACUGCGGAGCCCAUGCGGAAGCUGCUGGUCUCCGUGCAGCGCCGGAGCCUGUACGUGUUCUCGGACGAGGACGUCCGGCAGUACCGCCUGGACGCCUGCGAAGGGCGGCACGCGGACUGUCCGUCGUGCCUCCUGGACCCCUUUUGCGGAUGGGACGGCAGCAAGUGCCUCCCUCACGUGGUCCGGUCGACAGCCACAACGAGGCGAAAUUGCUGAAGGCGGAUGCGUGUGCCCAAUAAGGACUUAUUUUUGUUAAUAUGUGCGGUAAUAUUAGUCUUCUAGCGUAACCGGGACGCCUUCAGGCGCAUUUCGUUUGUGUGACCAGCCUUCGUCAAUGUCCACCGACGAAGUAUCGUCUAAAAAUGGAGUGCCACUGCUCCACUAAUGACACGGCUACGAACUGCUUUUCUUCGACAUACGUGAUCGCUUCGAUGAUGGCUAUACGAAUCAACUAUUGUUCGACGUGGAAUUACAAAGCCGUGGAUGUUGAAUGAAGUCGGUGCCACUCAAUUUUGCUCGCCUGCGUACUGGUGAAAUGACGGGCACAUUUAACUUUCAGAAUGCGUGUCCACUGCGAUGGUGAAGUUGUUGCAUGCGUUCGACAAAUAAAGUUGUGCUGUACGCCGUGGUUGCUUAGUGGCUUCGGCGUUGCGCUGUUAUAAGCACGAGGUUUCGGGAUCAAAUCUCGGUCGCGGCGACUGCAUUUUCAUGGGGCUGGAACGUAAAAGCGCUCGUGCAUUGGAUGCACGUGAAACGGGUUCUGGACCACCCCUCUGGCGUGAUGAAAAUACAUUCUCCGGGGAUAGCAUACGCAGCUGUGAACAUCUGAGCCACGUUUUGCAGUUGUGCGCGGCGUGUAGAACUCACAAGCUGAUCACGAAGUCACUUUUCUCUGAAACGCUCUCUUUUAUACGGAAGCCUGCUCCUCACUCUUUUUUGGACGCUUUAUUUCGUAAUAUAGCAGAUUCUCAUACGUGGCUGCUAUUGACCAAUAGCUGAUAUCUAUCAAGAAUGACGCUUAGAUCACUGCGCUCGUUCCUA